UGGGGUUGGGACCCCGGUCCUGUCCCGGGGAGAUGGCGCAGCCCAUCUUGGGCCAUGGGAGCUUACAGCCCGCUUCAGCUGCUGGUUUGACAUCCCUAGAGCUUGACUCAUCGAUGGACCAGUAUGUGCAGAUUCGUAUCUUCAAAAUCAUCGUGAUUGGGGACUCCAACGUGGGCAAGACUUGCCUGACCUUCCGCUUCUGCGGGGGUACUUUCCCAGACAAGACUGAGGCCACUAUCGGUGUGGACUUCAGGGAGAAGACCGUGGAAAUCGAGGGCGAGAAGAUCAAGGUUCAGGUGUGGGACACAGCAGGCCAGGAACGCUUCCGUAAAAGCAUGGUCGAGCACUACUACCGCAAUGUGCAUGCUGUGGUCUUUGUCUAUGACGUCACCAAGAUGACCUCCUUUAACAACUUAAAAAUGUGGAUCCAAGAAUGCAAUGGGCAUGCUGUGCCCGCACUAGUCCCAAAGGUGCUUGUGGGUAACAAGUGUGACUUGAGGGAACAGAUCCAGGUACCCUCCAACUUAGCCCUGAAAUUUGCUGAUGCCCACAACAUGCUCUUGUUUGAGACAUCAGCCAAGGACCCCAAAGAAAGCCAGAACGUGGAGUCAAUUUUCAUGUGCCUGGCUUGCCGGCUGAAGGCCCAGAAAUCCCUGUUGUAUCGUGAUGCUGAGAGGCAGCAAGGCAAGGUGCAGAAACUGGAGUUCCCACAGGAAGCUAACAGUAAAGCUUCCUGUCCUUGUUGAAACCAAAUGGUGUAAAUACAAGAGAAUCAGCACUGGAGUUUUUUCUUUCCCCUUUUUCUGUGCCUGCAUAA